CGUUUGUCCUCCUCCUCCUCGGUUGUACUUUUACCGGGCAGCUAGCAGCGGCGUAGCAUUGAAUUUACGACACUGGGAAGCAGCUGUGUGGCCGAAAUAACCAAAAUUAACUUUUCAAGCGGACGCGGUUGUCAAUAAAUAAUCCAGAAACCAUGACUAGCUACCACAAACCCGAUGAAAAAACUCUGCAGGGGCUGAAAGACUGUGCUAACAAGCUCAGGAUCCACUCCAUCAAGGCAACAUGCGCCUCAAACUCGGGUCACCCCACAUCAUGCUGCAGUGCAGCAGAGCUCAUGUCUGUGCUCUUCUUCCACACCAUGCGCUAUAAAGCAGAUGACCCUCGUAACCAGUGUAACGAUCGCUUUGUGCUCUCAAAGGGUCAUGCUGCACCUGUCCUGUAUGCUGCCUGGGCAGAAGCGGGUUUCGUUAAGGAGUCUGAUCUGCUGAAUCUGCGCAAGAUUGAGUGUGACCUGGAGGGCCACCCCACACCUAAACUGGAGUUUGUUGAUGUGGCUACAGGAUCUCUGGGACAGGGUCUCGGAGCUGCAUGUGGGAUGGCCUACACUGGCAAACACUUUGACAAAUCAAGUUAUCGUGUAUACUGCAUGAUGGGUGAUGGUGAGUGUUCAGAGGGCUCAGUGUGGGAGGCCAUGGCCUUUGCCUCCUACUACAAGCUGGACAACUUGGUGGCCAUCAUGGAUGUCAAUCGACUUGGUCAGAGUGAGGCUGCACCCCUGAAGCACGACAUGGAAACCUACCGCAAGCGCUGUGAAGCCUUUGGGUGGAACACGUAUGUUGUGGAUGGACAUGAUGUGGAGGAGCUGUGCAAAGCUUUCUGGCAGGCUCAGCAGGUGAAGGACAAACCCACUUGCAUUGUAGCCAAGACAUUCAAGGGCAAAGGACUCAAAAAUAUUGAGGAUCUUGAUAACUGGCAUGGAAAGCCCAUCCCCAAGGACAGGGUGGAUGACCUCCUGAAUGACCUACAGGCUCAGAUCCAGGUCCCCAACAAGACCCUGUGCCCUGAACUUCCCAAAGACGACACAGCACCUGCAGACCUUAGCGUUAUCUCCCUUCCUUCACCCCCAGCAUACAAAAAGGGAGAAAAGAUGGCAACAAGGCGUGCAUAUGGUGUGGCACUGGCCAAGCUGGGCCAGGCAAGCCAGAGAGUGGUGGCCCUUGAUGGAGACACCAAAAACUCCACCUUCUCCGAGACCUUUAAGAAGGCCUUCCCUGAACGCUACAUUGAGUGCUUCAUUGCUGAACAGAACAUGGUAGGAGUGGCCAUUGGCUGUGCCACCCGUGACCGCACAGUUUCAUUUGCCAGCACGUUUGCUGCCUUCUUCUCCAGAGCCUAUGACCAGAUCCGCAUGGGAGCCAUCUCCCAGUCAAAUGUCAACCUGGUAGGGUCCCACUGCGGAGUCUCCAUCGGUGAGGAUGGUCCUUCCCAGAUGGCCCUAGAGGACUUGGCCAUGUUCCGUGCUAUCCCAACAUGCACUGUGUUUUACCCCAGUGAUGCAGUGUCCACAGAGAGAGCUGUUGAGUUAUCAGCCAACACAAAGGGUAUCUGUUUCAUCCGUACCAGUAGACCAGAUACUGCAGUCCUCUACUCUCCAGAUGAGAAGUUUGAAGUGGGUGUAGCCAAGGUGGUGCGCCAGUCUGACAGCGAUCAGGUGACUGUGAUUGGCGCUGGUAUCACUCUGCACGAGGCCCUCGCUGCUGCUGAUAUGUUGGCCAGUGAAGGGAAGAACAUCCGUGUGAUUGACCCGUUCACUAUCAAGCCCCUGGAUGCCUCUACCAUUCUGGCCAGUGCCAGAGCCACAGGUGGACAGAUCAUCACUGUGGAGGACCACUACAAGGAGGGUGGUCUUGGUGAAGCAGUGCUGUCAGCAGUGGGCAAGGAGCCCGGCAUUAUUGUGACCCGGCUGGCAGUUAGCGGUGUACCUCGCAGCGGAAAGCCCCAAGAGCUGCUAGACAUCUUCGGCAUCAGCGCCAAGCACAUUGCCAAGGCCGUGCGUCAGACCUUUGCAAACUAAGGACUGCGCCUGAUCUCUUGCUUGCUGCUCUGUUGCAUCACAGCCAACUUUGUGCCCAACUUGCAGCUACCUGGUGUGAUUAUGUGAAGUUCUCUGUGCUCAAUUGCCAUCUUGUGGCUUUGACUCAAGAGCUUAUCACAGAUAGAGAGAUGGGAAUAGGAGUGAAGUGUUGUUAAUAGUCCCGUGUGCACUUUCUAGUACCCUCUGUUCCCUAUGGGUUCUACUCUGCAACAUUCCUUUUAUGCAUCCUUGAUCAUGUUUUCAAAAAGGGUGUCUUGCAAGUGGCUCAGAAAAGCAUCACUUAAUCUGUAAAUGCAGUAUAUUGACUUUAGAUUUAAAUUUCAAACCUGUCAUUCCAGCAGCCCGUCCAGGUUCUGAUCCAUUGAACUGCAUUCCAACCAUCAUUUCUCUCACAUGACUAUUGCAUUCCUGACUACCAUGCCUCAUGUUUUCCCACUUGGGUGGCAUUCUUUUUCUAAGAAGCACUGUUACUGUUUGUCAUAAAUCCAGUGUACUAGAUCACUUCUGUAGUUGUGUUCAGUCACAGCUUUUUAGGCUUAGCUGUGGUAGAGAACGGUUUCCCAGUGUGAAAAGUUAAACCUUUUUUUUUUUUUUUUUUUUUUUUAUGAACUGUUUGAGCAUUCCUCUGAUUCCUGGCCACACGGGCAUCACACAAUGUUACUGGCUUCCAGGUCACCGGUGUAAUCCUGUCAUAGCUGUAAUGUGCUGAAUAAAAAUGAUUAACCGAA